UAAGUUAUUCUUGACCCAUCAAUGUUUAGAUUUGUUAAGUCAUGACUUCAGCAGACUCGGUUCUUUAAAGCACAUCAUUAUCUCUCAGAGAUCCGGGAAAGCCUGUACAAUGUCAGACACCGAAUCAUGGACUGUGAAGGUCUACAUUUACGACAUAAGCAAAGGAAUGGCGAGGUCACUGUCGCAGGCUUUCUUAGGUAAACAUAUUGAAGGGGUGUGGCACACAGGGAUUGUGGUGUAUGGAGAGGAGUUUUACUUUGGGGGCACGGGAGGAAUCGAGGCAUGUCCGCCGGGAGGAACAAUCUUAGGUUCACCAGACACCGUUGUAGAACUAGGUCAAACGCAAAUACCAUAUGAUGUCUUCUUGGGUUAUCUUAAUGAUCUGUCACAGUCUUCUUACAGGCCAAGCUGCUAUCAUUUACUUGACCACAACUGUAACAACUUCAGUUCGGAGUUGGCCCAGUUUCUGACUGGUAAUGACAUCCCAUCAUACAUCACUGCAUUGCCCGCGGAAGUCCUUAGCACGCCUCUUGGUCAGAUGAUGAAGCCUUGGAUUGAUGCAAUGUCUGUAAACCCUAGUGGGGGUCAUGCCUUGUUCCCUGCUGGAAAUCCUCCAGUGUCUCAAAAUAUCCCUCCUAGUAAUACAUUCCUCACAGAGACUUCCAAUAAACAGGGCAAAAGUUCAGGGAAGACGAGAACCAGUUCAGAGGCACCAACUGGGGCCACCAGUCAGAGUCCCAGCAGUUCACAGGGUGUGGAAUCUUCUGGAGAUUUCAGUGUGGAGAGUGAGCAGGAUACCAGAGAAAUGGAACCCAUUAUUUACAGAGAGGAAAGACCCUCCAAAAAGCCCCUUCUGGAUGAUGUACAUAAUAAACUGUCUGCUAAGGAAGCAAGCCUAGUUUCAGACAUGUUUGACUAUCUAGGAACAGUGUCACCAUCUUGGUCCUUGUGUAAAGAACAUGUUCAAACCAUCCACAAAGUGAUAGGAGAUGGACGCAUGGGUGAUAAGUUGAGGGGGGAGAUAUGUGUGCUUCUGCAGGAACUUGUGUUAAUUGAGGACUACGUUGAACUGUUACAAAAUGAACCCACCAAGUUAAUCAACAGCGUAUUGUUACAUUACAAGGAGCUUACGGAGACAGUACAGAUGGGGCUACUAAAAGUGUUAACAAACUGCAGCAGUACUGAAAUGGGACACAGCUUUCUGAUAGACAGUGAGGGUGGAGAACAAAGUAAUCUCAAACUACUUUGUCCAGAAAUGUGUGUUGGAGCCCUUCUCCAUGACAACCAGGAAGUCUACAGCAAGGCUGCGGCCCUGGCUUACAACCUUUGUAGAUAUCAGUUACCAGAAGAUACGCAGGUGGAACUUGGCAGUGCUAUCCUGGAAUGUCUCCAGAAAGACCUCCCAGAAACAAGCGCGUACAACCUGAUGAUUGCUUUACUGCAGCUGAUGAAGAAUAACGAGGAGAUGUGUGAUCUUGCUGGAGUGGUAGGCAUGAACUGCUCCAUCCACCAAAAACUGUCACCACGGUUACGUAAUCUUUGUGAUGAGGCUCAGACAAUGACUGCUUUAUGAUAAUCUGUGUAUACAUAACCAAGUUCUGUGAUUACUUCUACUUUUGAAUUCAAAGUAUAUCAUGCUUGAUACUUAAUUGAUUUUGUGGAAAUGUUGAGCGAUUUAAAUUAAUGGAGAAAACAGGAAAAACUCUCAUUUCUACCUUUUUGUUUGGAUCAUUAUAUUGUAAACCAUGUCUGUUCUGUUUAUGUUAUUGUACUCUCAGUGACUGAACAACACGUGUAUGGACGCAGAGUUGUGAGAAGUAUUGUAUAUUGUAUUCAUGUGCAAAAUGCACUCAUUUACAGAGUGUUAUUUUUUUUAUUGACGUUUGAAUCACAAGUUUACAACAAUUUUUUUUAUUGAUUGGUUUGUCUUUCAAGAUAUACAAAGCAUGGAAAGUUCAAGAAGUUAGAAUGAUAAAAUUAUUAUAAACUUUUCACUAAUUGUGGUAUGACUAUAAAAAACAGUAUAAUUACUAUUCUAUUUUUAAAUUAAUGAAGUUAAUAAGCAUCGAGUGUAAUUGUGAAUAGUGUAACAACCUUAGUGUGCAUGGGAAAAAUUGAACCUUUGUUAGCUAGAGAAAGCAACUGCAAUUUAAUAAUAGGUUGGCAUUGACACCAUGAUUAAUAUGUUAAGAAAUAAAUUUAUUACAAACAUGCAA